ACUACCUAGUGUUAUAACAAAGAGAUAUCCCUACACAUUCAUUUUUCCAUAACUACAACCAUACUCCCUUACAAAAUAUGAACACUUUCACAUAUUCAUAUUGCUGUUCAUCUUUUUCAUCUCCUUACUCAUCAGCACAGCACAUCUUAUCCCACCUGCUUAUGUUUAACACCCUUUCUUACAAUGAAAAGUCUGCCAUUUUACAAAGUAUGUAAACUCCUAGAUGAACUCGAGGGUUUGAUCUGCAGAUUUCCACCAUUGCUUCCAAAACUCUUGAAGGAGAAGGUGAGUGAUGCUUGGAUUCGUUGGUUCAAACUCCAUCGCGAUACCUUGGAUGCUAUGUAUAAAGACGAUCCUUCGGUUUUAUUUACCCUCAAACCAGAGGUCCUGGAUGAUCGAGACUACAAUGUGGACAAAGUAGCCUUCGAACGCUUUCUUGCUAGGUAUUUUUAUAUGACUGUCGAACAACGUGCCACAUUCAAAAAGCUCGAAGAGGGAGACGGGACGUUGGUACCUGUGUGGAAUCACAAGGCUGGUCGCGAUGAUUUAGUUAGGAAUGAUAUAGGCUAUCGUGUACAAUGUAUCAUGAAGUAUAUAGGUCGAGAUACGAAUCAGGAGACAGUGUUUGCGCACAUGAAAGUCACUGUGCAAGAAAUCGAGGAUACCCUAAUCACCAUUGCUGCUCAGAACGAAGGGUCCUCAGCCACUAUAAAGUCUCUUGCAGAUCCCAAUGACAGAGACACCUGGGACCGCCUUGGACAGAUAUACUCGAGACUUCAAAGCUCUCAAGGAAAAUGGCUCACUCGUAUCAUUCAUAAGGACUUCGGGUUCCAGGUUCCAGUCGAUAUCUUAGUUACAGCAGUUCACACGAGUUUUCCUCGGGAUCUGGAGGUAAAGGCUAAGUUUGAUGUCAAGAACUUGAUACCUAUUCGAAGACGGGGUGAGACAGGAAUCAUUAUGCCUAGUGUUAUUCAACCAAGACGGUCCUUUACCAAAGAUCAAGGCACCCAAACUGUGGCACUUCCAUCGGUCGCGCGACCAGCCAAGUCCCCACAACUGAUCUCGCCUCCACCAAGAAGACAAACAAGAUCUCUCGUUUUGUCUGAUUCUACCAUAUCUUCCCUAAAUGUUAUGCAGACACUACCACAAAAAAUCCCGUCAAUAGGCUCGGAAAAUAUCGAGGUUCCUCAAAAGACACCGACUAGGCUUACCCAUAGAUCUCGUCGGAUGUCCCUAGAACAAUUAAGGUCUCUACAAAAAUCAAAAUCUCCUGAUCCUCUUACCAAAACUAUCUUUACCGGCACUGGCCAAUGUAAGCAAACAACAAACUGUGCUUUCCACAACGCAAUAUUCAUACUGUCUCCCUGCAUCUCCUCCCACCUCUGGCUAAUCGACCUCCUCCAGUCCCACGGCGCAACCUACAUCACCUCUUUAGUUCCUCUGACCCGCAAAGUCCUCCCAAAACGCUGUCCCAAAACCGGAAAAAGAGUCCGCAAGAUCGCCCUCGUCGAACACGGCAGAACACAUCAAACAAUCGCGUUCAUGAAGCAAAUCGGCGCCCUUCGGCUCACGAGAUCAAAUGGUAAACGUGAUUGGAUAGAGACAUGUGAUUGGCGUUUACUAGAGAAAAUCGCUGGGUUAGAGAAAGGUAACGAGAGUGUCGAGGUUGAUAUUUGGGAGCGUCAUCGCUUGGGUACAGUCUAG